UUGGCUGGAGGAAUUGAAAUGACUUCCGUAAACAGUACCGGUGGAAAAAUGCCCGCCAUUCUACCUGCAGCGGCAGAACAGCUUUUACAAAAUAUCCGUAAAACAUACCAGGAAACUUCUCAAAUUCCUGAUGACUUGCUAACUGCGUUGAAUUGUGUUUUUGGGCCCUGUGCAAUCCGAGCUUUGGAUCUGGUUGACCAACGUUCAGUCACCUGUCUGUCAUCACCCAGUGGACGUAAGGCCUUCCAGGUCAAAGGAGACUCUGGGAGGUUGUACACUUGUUUCACAUCCUGCCACUACUGCCCAUGUCCCACCUUUGCUUACACGGUGUUACGAAGGGAUGAAGGCCUGCUGUGCAAGCACAUUCUGGCCGUGUACCUGUGCGAGGCCGUGGGUGCGACCUCCACUCAAAGUGUGUCGGAUGAGCAAAUGACAGCGCUGCUCAGUGGGACCUUGUAACUGGAAGUUUUGAUGCCGAUACUCUCGGCGGCCUG